AUGGCAAAGACCGAUAUUGAAGAUGCAUUCCGAAUCAUUCCAAUUUGCCCAGAAGAUUAUCAUUUACUAGGGUUUUCUUGGCAAGGAAAAUAUUACUUUGACAAAUGUCUCCAAAUGGGGGCAAGUAGUUCUUGCCAGAUAUUUGAAAAAUUCAGUGUAGCUCUACAGUGGAUACUACAGUCAAAAUUCGGGGCUGGUGGAAUGUCACAUAUUUUGGAUGACUUCUUCUUUAUUGGACCUGCGAACUCUGAAAGCUGUAAGAAUGACUUAACAAAUUUCCUCUUUCUGUGCAAAAAUAUUGGUGUCCCUAUCAAAAUGUCAAAGACACAGACUCCAACUACAAAAAUUAUAAUCUAUGGUAUUGAAAUUGAUUCCGACAAAAUGGAAGCACGGCUACCAGCGGACAAAAUUAACAAGAUUAAAAUGCAUUUGGUAGAACUUUUACAAAAAGAUCAAACUACAUUACGUGAACUUCAAUCUCUGAUUGGUUUACUCAAUUUUGCGUGCUCAGUAGUGGUUCCAGGGCGUGCUUUUCUCCGACGCAUGAUUGAUCUAACUUAUGGAGUAACUGAACCUGCAUCACACAUUCACUUAACUAGGGAAACAAAAGCAGAUAUGGAAACAUGGCUGUCUUGCAUAAGCUGCUUUAACGGGAAGUCAGUUUUUCUUCCUCAAAAGUGGUUGUCCACAGAUCACCUUACCCUUUACACAGAUGCAUCAGGGUCAUUGGGCUUUGCGGCGAUUUUAGGUAAUGAGUGGUUUGCAUCUCACUGGGACUUUUUACAAAAUGAUUGUCAAAUAGCAGUCAAAGAGUUAUUUCCCAUUGUACUAGCUAUAGAAAUAUGGGGGAACAAAAUCAAAAAUAAAAGAAUCCUAUUCCUGUCUGACAAUAUGGCAGUAGUACAAAUCAUUAACAAACAAACAUCAAAAGACAAAACAAUUAUGAGAUUAGUGCGCCGCUUAGUUUUAGCAACCUUAGAAAACAACAUUCAUUUCCGAGCAAAACACAUUCCGGGAAAGCAUAAUAUCACUGCUGAUCGCCUCUCCCGUUUUCAAUUUCAGGCAGCUUUCCAGUCUGCACCUCACUUAACCCAUCAGCCGACACAAAUCCCUCAAGCCAGUUUGAACAUUUGA